AUGUGGAUAAAGGCGUCUAUUAUAUUAAAUAAUGUUGAUGAGAAUUUGGCGGGAAGAGAAACUUUGGACACGUUUUCAAGAAUAUGGGUGACACGCGUUUGCUUGACGAGUGCCAUACUGGCGGCCAAGGUAUCCUUGGAUCCGACGAAUGUGCCGCGUCCGUGGCAUAGUUAUUUGCUGGCUACGAGCACGCCGUUCCCGAAACAUCCGAAUCAUCAACAUGACGAUCGUUCGAUCGAUGCUGAUCUAGAAAAGCUCGUGUCCUCCAGAGAACAUUCAACAAGACUUCAGUCCGCGAUUUCGACCUUGAAUAAUCGCAGACAAAAGUCGCAGACGGGACCUCAGAGGUUCCCUACGGAAAUUCACCAAGACUUUUUGGCGAAAGUGCCGAAUGCAUCGCCAUCGCCUCCGCCGUCGUCGACGACGAUGACGACGACGUUAUCGGGAUCUCGAGACAUCGAAUAUCAGCGGCAUGUACCACGACGAUUCGCAUAUCAGGAUAUCGAAAUGCUCGACAGAUACUUGACAGACGAGCCGGAUGACGAUGAACUACCGUAUCGCGGGAAAACCGAACUGUCGACGUAUUACCGUCGCGGGCCGCAAGAUAUAACGGCGGCCAUCAAGGCCUUAGAUCGCUUCCUAAGUCGUACUUUGAACGACGACGGGUACAACAGCAAGUUACAUCCACCGCCCAAUCCCAUUUUAGCCCUCGUCCUGUCUCGAUACGGACGCUACGUGCCCGGAACGCGAAACCCUCGCGUAUACGCGAACAUGGCAGUGAACAAUAUUCACAACCAUUUGCCGUUCGGCAGGUACAAAUACGAGUGCGACGAGGAGCCGAUUUACAAAUAGCGAUAAAUGAAAUAGCGAUUGUAUCUAAUAUUGUAAAAUUGCGAAUAAAAAUAAUAUAAGCGUAAAUAUAUGACAAAAUGAAAUAGAAUUUGAUAAUUGGAGCUUUCGCGAUCCUUGGAACCGAUAUUCGAGGAUGUGAUAAAUAUGUAUAAUAAUAUACGAGUAUGUGUGUAUGUAUGUAUGAGGAUAUAUAGACCGAUGAAAUAUCUCUAUUUCCUUCUACAUGCACGUGUAUCUUCAUACUUCAAGAUUUUGAAAUAUGCUUUACGGGAAUUUCUUAUGCCUCAUACGUGCACAUGUACGUACGUGAUCAAAUAGAUAAUAUUAAAAAA